UUCUUGAUUCUUCCCCCGGUGUCUGGUCCUCAAGCUUCCGGCGAGAAGAGAAAGCUCAGCCUCUGAGACAUGACGACGAUACGCAGAUUCUGCUGCAACGACCUCCUCCGUUUCGCUUCCGUCAAUCUUGAUCACUUGACGGAAACCUUCAACAUGUCAUUCUACAUGACCUAUCUGGCGAGAUGGCCGGACUAUUUCCAUGUCGCGGAGGCACCAGGGAACCGUAUCAUGGGUUACAUUAUGGGAAAAGUUGAAGGACAAGGUGAGUCUUGGCAUGGUCAUGUAACUGCAGUAACUGUUGCUCCAGAAUAUCGUAGGCAGCAACUGGCCAAGAAACUGAUGAACCUGCUUGAAGACAACAGUGAUAAGAUUGAUAAGGCAUACUUUGUGGAUCUCUUUGUGCGAGCUUCAAACACACCAGCCAUAAAGAUGUAUGAAAAGCUGGGGUAUGUAAUAUACAGAAGAGUGCUACGGUAUUACUCAGGCGAGGAAGACGGAUUAGAUAUGAGGAAAGCAUUAUCUAGGGACGUUGAAAAGAAGUCAAUCAUCCCCCUCAAACGGCCCGUUACACCUGAUGAAUUGGAGUAUGACUAGAUGUGCUGUGCAUGGAAUUCCUGCCAACUAUUUUGACAAUAAUGCAUCGAGAUACAGCGGUUACAUCUUCUUGAGACAUGGUGUAAAACAUCAGGCAUGUCAAAUUUAAUCUUAACUAGAAAUUCUACAAGUGUUGGAGAGUUGGUUUUCAAGGCCAGCAUUUUUUUUUUUCAUUUUGUGGAACCUACUUUUCUGAGUCUUGUAUUUAUCCAUUUUAGUAUGGGUCUUUCAUGCAAACCAUUAUGCCACGUGAGUUGAACACUAAUAAGUUGUCCCAGGAUUUUUGGAGAAACAGAAGACAUAUAACUGUUAUGUUAUACUUUUUCUGAAAACGUGUAAAUUGUUUCUCCUACCUUUUAUUCUUGUGGUGUUGAUUUUUAGUUUUUUACUAUAGAAAAUCCUGAAAGAAGAAAACAGGACUGUUUAUGGAGGGAUGACACCCAACUCUGAAUUAUAAUCUGGCUUUUUGUGAUGCUGAUUCUGAUUGGAAAGCAA